GCGGGGAUUCGAACCGCUGACCUUCUGAUCAGCAAGUCCUAGGCUUUGUAGUUUAACCCAUAGCGCCACCCGCGUCCCUGGGGUUUCACUCUACAUGGGAAGAAAAACUGUGUUCCAGCGUUGAUGAGAGACAAUCCUCUCACCUAUAAGACCUUUAAUCGUGGGAUUGUGAGGCACCCAAAGCAAUCGAAUGCAGAGUUGGGCAUGCAGUUUGACAACCCAGGGCCUUCCUGAUCUUUUGGCAGCUCCCAUCAAUCAGUUGUGGUCCAAAAAAUGGGCAUGCUGAUGAAGAGCCUUUGGACCAGGCCAUGGGGGUUAUGGCGCCCCCCAGUUGCAUCGUUCACCCUCAUGGUGCUUCUCUGCCUGUUCUGGUUGACGGGCGUAGACAAAAGCUUGGCGUUAUCGCCUAACCUCCUGCUCACCAGCCCUUUCCAAGCGUAUCGCCUCGUGACCUACUGCCUGUGCCUCACGGAGGCGCCCUUGUUCUUCCUCAACCUGCUCCUCUUUCCACUGCUGAGUUGGCAUCAGGAGCGACGCCAGGGCACUCUGCGCUACCUCCACUCUUCGGCACUUGGCGCUUUCGCCUCGGCCCUCCUCUACCUCCUCCUAGCAUGGCUGCAGGGUGCUCAGGCCAGCUCUGCUGUUGGGGGCUACACCCCCGUGCACUUGGCCUUGCUGGGGUGCCCCCAGGGGCGUCGGAAACAGGGGGGGUCCCAGAGGUGGGCUUCCCCUCCUCUGCUGGCUGUGCUGCUGCUGGGCCUGAGCUGGAUUCUCUCCCCCAGCUCUCCUUUCCUCCUGCAUCUGAGUGGGCUGCUCACGGGCCUGGCCUUCUGGGCCGGGGUCUUCUCCCCGCUGGAAUUAUCAGAGAGACGCCUGGAAAAGCUGCACGGCGGAAUCAUCUUUAAGACCCUCCUGGGGAGAGGCUCUUUCCUCCAAUUCGUCCCGCCCCCGGCAGAACCUGCUGAAAUCCUCCCCACCGCCGACCCAGCCGCCAGGAGGGACAGGAUUCCUCAUUCCCCGGAGUCGCCAACCCAAGCGUUUCCCCCAGCAGAUUUCCCUAUGCAGCCUCUCUUUCUGGCUUCGCCACCUGCCUCUUACUGGAGUGGAGAAACUGCAGCGCUGGAGCAGGCAUGCAGGCAGUCAGUUGCUGCUGGUUCCCUGCCUCCCUUCCCCAUCCACCAUGGGGCUUUAGGUGCUCCUUUCUCGGCCCUCCAAGGAUCCCUGAUGGAUGAAGAGCUGCUCCAAGCCGGGAUCCAGGCUUCUCUGCAGGAUAUGGCGGAGGAAGAGGCUCCAGCAGCUCCAGAAAAUGGGCUUCCCAACCGAGCGGGCAGUUGUUGCACUGGCAGCCACAGGCCACGUGGAGGGUGCCGUCUCACUGCUGAUCGGAGGCCACGUCGGAGACCAAGCCGUGGUGACGGCAGAGAGCCGCUCUGCUCAUCGCUAGCGACCUCCUCCAGGCACCAGCCAGCAAGUAGACAGAGGUUGACAAGCCAGCCCAAACGGUGCCAGCGUCCGGGCCAGAAAACCAGCCACGGCCGGUGAAGUUGAGCGGCGAUUCACUGUGGACUCAACUGGGAAGGAAGGAAAGCGAGACCCACCAUUGAAGCCAAGGCCAUCCUGCUGCUAUGGGGUGGCUGCCGUACAGCCCAGCCAGGCUGGUGCAUCACAAGGGCAAGAGUGAGAGACAAUGCACAUAUAUCAAGGGCUGCAAGUCACUUGGGAAAUCCUCCAAAAGGGGAGACCCAGUGGCUUCUUCCAUCCCAUCCUGGGGAUUCUUGGAAUAACAAAGCCAGAGGUUUCACCUGAUUGCAGUCAUUUUUCCACGUGUUCCAUGGGUGUUUGUGGAAACCAUCUCCCGAGACGUGUCAGGAGGUGGUGGGAACAUGGGCAAAGGCCGCCCCCAGCGGCCAUUCCGUCUGGGCUGCCAUGCAUUAGGCGUUCGUGAAAAAGGGACCUCUCUCUGUGCCUGUGAGCUCCGCCACUCACCUGGGAGUUGUAGCAGGGAUCUCAGUUCCGGGGUUCCGAGUUUGACCUAAAGCAUCCAGAACUCAAAUCUGGGCCUUUCUCAUACAGCCACUUUGAAGGGGUGGAGCAGGGCAUUCUCACCACAUGCAGAACAGAGUCAUGUCUGCACUGUAUGUUUAAAGUACUCUUAAAACGUUCAAAGGACUAGCAGAUGACUGCGAAUUCUGCAUUGCAAGGGGGUUGGGCUGGAUGACCUGUUGGGUCCCAUCCAAUUCUGUGAUUCUAUAACAGUUCCCAGGAUUCAUGUGUUGGGGGUGGGAGCCACAAUGUCCCCCAAAUAAUCCUAGGAACUGUUGUCCGCUAAGGUGUUCCCAGUGCUUUUUUUCUGGGGGGGACGCAUACCCCUAAACAUUUUGUGAAUCUUUGUACUUUUGUCCAUUUACUGUAUUUAUUUUCCCCAAUUUGAACUAUAAAAUGGUGAUUUUCUUGAGUCAAAA